GAAGUAGUUAUACCAAAAUCACUAAUCUAACUUUAAAACCAAAGAGGUUUGUUGAAAGAACAGUUAGAAACUCCUCUUUGUAUCUCAUAUUCUUCUCCGACCAUGCUAACUAGAAUCAUCUUCCUCAUCGCUGUCGCCACUGCUUUCCUCGUUGUUCUUCUACUCGCUUUAUUCUCACCCGUUCCUGAUUACGACCCGCCGGGAUCAUUCUUCUCCUUCUCCCUCUAUGUUCAACAAACUCACACCCCAUCCUCCUCCUAUUCUUCUCGUCGGUCCAGUCAACACAUAGCCCGGCCCCAUGGCCAAGGAGGAGGAAAAGGAGCAUUGAUUUUCCGGCGUACGCUUACUGAAGGACCCGAGAAUAAUUCACGGAUCGUGGGCAAAGCUGAGGGAUUUAUAAUCCCACAUGAAGACUUUGCUAGCUCGGAUUUUAACGUGAUAUACUUGACGUUGGAGACUCCUGAGUACACGGGGAGUGUUAGCAUUAGGAGUAGAGACAUGGCACAUAAAUUGAAAGAGGUUAUGGAGGUAGUGGGAGGGACAGGAGCUUUCGCCUUUGCCCGUGGAAUCGCUAUGUUUGCUGAGAUUGAUGAUCAUGAGGAAGAAGCUGUAACCACUUACCGUGUUAAGCUUCUACUUAGAUUUCCACAUACUUCUCACGUAGAUCCACCAUGAUGAACACUUUUCUAUUACAAUACAUAUAUUUGUGUAUAAAUAAAGUUAUUUACUGAUUUUUUUUUUUUUUGUUAAAAGGCCUUCUUAAAGUUAUUUACAGAUUCACUACAGAUGUUUAAAGAACUCGAAGCGAGAAUCAGUUUUGCUUUCUUUUUGCCGAUAA